CCUACUCUGCAAUGGCCAUUUUCAGAUCUUCCGACUGGUCUUUAACUUCACUUAAUUGUCAGAGGAAAACCCACUCUCAUACUAUAAUUUCAAUCUCGAAAUCCCUCCAGUUUCUCUCUGCUCCUUGCUCAAUUCGUCAAUCUUCCUUAUUAAACUCCUCUGGGUAUCCAGCUCCAGUUUUAGAAGAGUCUUCAGAUAAUCUAAAGACCAUUGAAUAUGACCUCAAAUUUCCAGAUCUUCAACAAUCUGUGACCCUGGAUAUUCAAAACCUGAAUGAUUUCUUACUUGGGUUAUGUAAAGAUCCUCGGACAGCAGCACUUGCAUUCAAGUACUACCAGAAAGCAAAAGAUCACCCCCAAUUUAGACCAGAGCCAUUGAUGUUAAAGCUUCUUAUCAGGUAUUUACUCAAAUCGAAGAACUGGAGCUUGAUUUCCUUGCUUUCACAAGAUUUUAAGGCCUUAUCGGUGAUUCCUGAUAGUACUACAUGUUCUACUUUGCUAGAUAGUUGCAUUAGGAACAGAAAAUUCAAGGUUGCUAAAGCCUUGCUUCAUAUUUUUGAAUCAAAGGAUGAUGUUGCUCUUUCAGCAUUCGAUUCAGCAAUGAGAAGCUAUAACAAGCUCCAUAUGUAUAGAGGCACAGUCAUUGUGUUUAAUCAGAUGCAAUCUGUUGGAAUUGCGCCUGACUCGAGUUGUUAUUGUCAGGCCAUGGAAGCUUAUAGGAAACUUGGUGACACCGAGAAAGUUGUUUCUCUGUUUAAUGAAUUUGUAAAGCAGGACACCUUGGAUUCUAUGCCCUUUUCUACUCGGAUUUAUGGAAUCUUAUGUGACACUUUGGGGAAAUCAGGAAGGGCCUUUGAAGCUCUUGAGUUCUUCAGAGAAAUGAAGAAAAAGGGUAUUGGAGAAGAUUCCUCGAUUUACUCCUCUCUGAUGUAUGCUUUCGCAAGCAUUAGAGAGGUUAGAAUAGCUGAAGAACUCUUCCAAGAAGCAAGAGAAAAAAGAAUGGUGAAAGAUCCAGACUUGUGUCUGAAACUUGUUUUGAUGUAUGUAGAAGAAGGAUUGAUGGAGAAAACCCUUGAAGUUGUAAAGGCAAUGAAAGAAACCAGAAUCAGCGUUUCUGAUUGCAUUCUCUGUACGAUCAUCAAUGGUUGUGUGAAGAAAAGGGGGCUUAAGGUUGCAUUGAGGAUUUAUAAAGAGCUGAUCUCACUAGGGUGUGAACCAGGUCAAGUAACUUAUGCUUCUCUUAUUAAUAUCUGUUGCAGGCUAGGGCUCUAUACCGAAGCUGAGAAGGUAUUUUCUGAGAUGGAACAAAAGGGAUUUGAUAGAUGUGUUGUUGCUUAUUCUAAUAUGGUUUCUAUGUAUGGGAAACUUCAGAGACCAAGGGAUGCAAUGAGGCUUGUGGCUAAGAUGAAAGAGAGGGGGUGUGAGCCAAAUGUUUGGGUUUACAAUUCUCUCAUUGAUAUGCAUGGGAGAGUCAAGAAUUUGAGGCAGGUAGGGAAGUUAUGGAAUGAGAUGAAGCGAAGAAAAGUCACCCCUGAUAAGAUUACCUACACUAGCAUUAUAAGUGCAUACAGUAAGGCCAGGGAUUUUGAUACAUGUAUAAAGUUCUACCAGGAGUUCAGGAUUAAUGGUGGCAAAAUAGACCGGGCCUUGGUGGGGAUCAUGGUUGGGGUUUUCUCAAAGAUCAGUAGGAUUGAUGAAUUGAUUAAGCUUUUGCUAGACAUGAAGUCUGAGGGAAUGGAGCUGGAUUGGAGGCUGUACAAAUCGGCCAUGAAUGCUCUGAGAGAUGCUGGGUUUCAAGUUCAAGUGAAAUGGUUUGAGGAGAGCUUUAAGCCAACAGAAGUUAAGCUGUUAACAGCCCAUAGGCAAUUAAAGACCACAGUGCUAGAAAGAAAAGCUACUUCAGCUAUGCAGAUGGUAGAGGAACAAGACCUUCCAGGGUAAGUUCCACAGCUAUCUCUUGUUUGAGACCCAAGAUGUGUGGCUUCAUAUUGCUCAGUCAUUAAUGAGCUGUAAACUUGGGGAUGCCUGUGAUUGCUUCUGGACUGCUCCCUUUUCAUUUCUAUUGUAUUGUGUAAGUGAAUUGUGUAUAGUGUAGUUAACAGGGGAAUGUUCAAUGAAAGAGCUCAAGAAUUAUCUGAAGUCAUUCUAAUAGUUUCUCUGCAUUUAGUUCUGAAUCGGUGUCUUCUCUUACAAUGAUGGAUUAGCCACAGACAAGGAAAUUGAGAACAUAUGGUGUCCUGAGUCCUGACUCCUGACUGGGAAGACCUUGAUUCAUGAUUGUGCUUGGACUGUUCAACCAUAUAUCCUUGGCAGUAAAUGGGGUGCAUAAACUAAAAAAUGCUUAUUUGUUUCUGCAAUUUUUUGUUAAUACAUCUGGGUAUUCCCUACAUCUCUGAAACUCUCUAUUUAGUUGAAAGAUUACUAAACAAUGCCCUUGUUUUU